UGCCGGGCUGUGUGGCUGGUCGAGCUGAGGUGUCGCAGAGAUGACACCCCUUUCGGCCAGCACCUCCAUCCUUAUUUGCUGUGUGACAAGGACACUAGGGCCUGGAGGGUCCUGUGACCUCUGGCUUUAGAAUGGGCAAUGCUGUUGAGAAGCAGAAGCCCCUGAGGCGAAGCGCUCUGUGUCCCUGGAAACAAGACUCCCAGCGUUCUCACCUCUCUUCCUUCACCAUGAAGCUGAUGGACAAAUUCCACUCGCCCAAAAUCAAGAGGACGCCGUCGAAGAAGGGGAAGCCAGCAGAGGUGUCUGUGAAGAUCCUGGAGAAGCCCGUCAACAAAGAGGCAAGAAACAGAUUUCUACCAGAGGGCUACCCUAUCCCCUUGGAUCUGGAGCAGCAGGCAGUAGAAUUUAUGUCCACCAGUGCUGUGGCUUCCAGGUCUCAGAGGCAGAAGAACCUGAGCUGGCUGGAAGAGAAAGAAAAGGAAGUGGUCAGCGCCUUGCGCUACUUUAAGACCAUCGUGGACAAAAUGGCCAUCGACAAGAAGGUGCUGGAGAUGCUCCCGGGCUCGGCCAGCAAGGUGCUGGAGGCCAUCCUGCCGCUGGUGCAGACAGACCCGAGGGUCCAGCAGAGCUCAGCGCUGUCGUCCUGCUACAGCCGCGUGUACCAGAGCCUCGCCAACCUCAUCCGGUGGUCCGACCAGGUGAUGCUGGAGGGGGUGAGCUCAGAGGACAAGGAGGUGGUGACCACCGUGAAGGGCGUCAUCAAGGCCGUGCUGGACGGCGUGAAGGAGCUGGUCAGGCUGACCAUCGAGAAGCAGGGGCGGCCCUCUCCAACGAGCCCAGUGAAGCCCAGCUCCCCAGCCGGCAAGCCCGAUGGCCAGCCCGAGCUCCCCCUGACUGACCGAGAAAUGGAGAUUCUGAACAAGUCGACAGGGGUGUCACCGCCAGCCGAGCUGCUCACAGACGCUGCAGAUGAAGAGCUUGCACCCCCCAAGCCCCCUCUCCCUGGCAUCCGGGUGGUGGAUAACAGCCCGCCAGCACUGCCACCCAAGAAAAGACAGUCGGCUCCAUCCCCUACCCGCGUGGCUGUGGUGGCCCCCAUGAGUCGCGCCACCAGCGGCUCCAGCUUGCCCGUCGGAAUUAACCGGCAGGACUUCGAUGUGGACUGUUACACACAGCGGCGACUGUCGGGAGGCAGCCACUCGUAUGGCGGGGAAUCGCCCCGCCUGUCCCCCUGCAGCAGCAUGGGCAAGCUCAGCAAGUCUGACGAGCAGCUCUCCUCGCUGGACAGGGACAGCGGGCAGUGCUCCCGGAACACAAGCUGUGAAACACUAGAUCACUACGACCCCGACUAUGAAUUCCUGCAGCAAGACCUCUCCAAUGCCGACCAGAUACCUCAGCAGGUGGCCUGCAACCUUAGCCCGCUGCCAGAGGCCUUGGGGGAGUCUGGGUCUCCGUUUCUCAGCCAUCCUUUCCAGCUGCCACUUGGCAGCUGUCCACAGCCCGAGGGGCCCUCAGCUGCGGGGCUGCACACAGACACCCCACCCGCCCUGCCAGAGAAGAAGCGCAGGAGCGCAGCCUCGCAGACCACGGACAGCUCCGGCUGCAGGGCAUCCUAUGAGCGGCACCCCUCGCAGUAUGACAACAUCUCCGAGGACGAUCUGCACAACUGCACGCCGGCCCCGUCCAUUCCCUACUCGCCCUUCGCUGCUCUCCUGUCCUUCCAUCAAGGAGGCUCCUCGGCGCCCGUGGAGUUUGUGGGUGAUUUCACCGCUCCCGAAUCAGCGAGUGAUCCCGAGAAGCCGCCUCCUCUGCCGGAGAAGAAGAACAAACACAUGCUGGCCUACAUGCAGCUGCUAGAGGACUACUCGGAGCCACAGCCCUCCAUGUUCUACCAGACGCCGCAGAGCGAGCACAUCUACCAGCAGAAGAACAAGAUGCUCAUGGAGGUGUACGGCUUCAAUGACUCCUUCAGCGGUGGGGACUCUGUGCAGGAGCUGGCCCCGCCACCGGCCCUGCCCCCCAAGCAGCGGCAGCUGCAGGCCUCCUAUGCUGCUUCUUCCUUCUCCUCUGUCUCCUACUGUGUCCAGCAAACUAAAGUGGCCUUCACCCCCGAUGACGGCAGUGCCACUCAGGGCCUCAGUGUGUCCAUGUCUAACUCCUUUCUCAGCCGGCACGGCAGCUUGCCUGUGCCCUCGUACAAGUCUGUGUUUAGGUCCUACUCCCAGGACUUCGUGCCUCACCACCAAGCUUCCGUCCAACCUUUCCUUCCGCCUACCUCCUCUUCCUCUCCACAUUUCCCACCUGUCCACCCGUCUCCAAGCUCGGACUUGGCGGGGCCCGCCGUAGCCAGCCCGCCUCCUGGCACCGUGGACGGGCCUCUCUCAUCUUCCCAGGAGAGCAGCUUCCAUGGGAACCCUGUCUGCCUUCCUCCCGAAAGCUCUUUCACUGACUCGGAGUCACCAGCCGGGAAAGAUGGGCACCCCAGGGACCCCGCAGCGGGCAGCGGCACACCUGGCAAGGACAGUAGAGAUGGCGGUGAGAGGGUCCCGAAGUCACCAGACACUCUGGAGUCAGCUCAGUCAGAGGAGGAAGUGGAUGAGCUGUCUCUCAUCGACCACAAUGAAAUCAUGGCCAGGCUGACACUGAAGCAAGAGGGUGAUGACGGGCCAGAUGUGCGUGGAGGAUCAGGCGACAUCUUGCUGGUGCAUGCUACUGAGACCGACAGAAAAGACCUGGUGCUGUACUGUGAGGCCUUCCUGACCACCUACAGGACCUUCAUCAGCCCUGAGGAGCUCAUCAGGAAGCUGCAGUACCGAUACGAGAAGUUCUCGCCCUUCGCCGACACCUUCAAGAAGCGCGUCAGCAAGAACACGUUCUUCGUGCUGGUGCGGGUGGUGGAUGAGCUCUGCCUGGUGGAGCUGACAGAGGACAUCCUGAAGCUGCUAAUGGAGCUGGUCUUCCGCCUGGUGUGCAGCGGGGAGCUCAGCCUGGCCCGCGUGCUGCGGAAGAAUAUCCUGGACAAGGUAGACCAGAAGAAGCUGCUCAGGUGUGCCAACUCCGACCAGCCCCUGGCAGCCAGGGGCGUUGCGGCCAGGCCCGGGACCCUGCACGACUUCCACAGCCACGAGAUUGCUGAGCAGCUGACGCUGCUGGAUGCUGAGCUCUUCUAUAAGAUUGAGAUUCCUGAGGUUCUGCUUUGGGCAAAAGAGCAGAACGAGGAGAAGAGCCCCAACCUAACCCAGUUCACGGAGCACUUCAACAACAUGUCCUACUGGGUCCGCUCCAUCAUCAUGCUGCAGGAAAAGGCGCAGGACAGGGAACGGCUGCUCUUAAAGUUCAUCAAGAUCAUGAAGCACCUGCGGAAGCUGAACAACUUCAACUCCUACCUGGCCAUCCUCUCGGCGCUGGACUCCGCACCCAUACGCAGGCUGGAGUGGCAGAAGCAGACUUCGGAGGGGCUGGCUGAGUACUGCACACUCAUCGACAGCUCGUCCUCCUUCCGCGCCUACCGGGCCGCCCUCUCAGAGGUGGAGCCCCCGUGCAUCCCGUACCUGGGUCUGAUCCUGCAGGACCUGACCUUUGUCCACCUGGGCAACCCCGAUUACGUAGAGGGCAAGGUGAACUUCUCCAAGCGCUGGCAGCAGUUCAACAUCCUGGACAGCAUGCGCUGCUUCCAGCAGGCGCACUACGACAUCCGGAGGAACGACGACAUCAUCACCUUCUUCAAUGACUUCAGUGACCACCUGGCUGAGGAGGCCCUAUGGGAACUCUCUCUGAAAAUCAAGCCCCGGAACAUAACCCGGAGGAAGACAGACCGGGAGGAGAAGACCUAGGAGCGGCUCAGGCCGGGUCCAGACCGCUCGAGGGGCCCAGAGAGGACUCGGACUGCCUGGCCUGGCCCGGCUCCGGCUCCGGCUCCGGCUCCCUUCCUGCAGGAGCAGCCCAGGCCCUGGACCCCCAGGCCCAUGGCAGAGGGAGCAGAGCGCAGUGGGGCCUCAGGACCGACUUGUGAACGGCGGCCUGGUUUCAUUUUGUGCUUUUGCCUCGUGUUCUGCUCUCGCCCUCCCAGCCGCCUCUGCCUGUUCUGGGCCGGGCAGGCUGGUGGGCACCUGCUCUUCCACCCUGGGGAUGGGCUGCACGUUUCACCAGAGUCAUGACAGGCGGCCUCAGUGGCCCUGGAGCUGGCUGCACCUGUCACGCUGUGCACACCCCAGGCUCCAUCGCUGGCAGCACUACGCAGCCCCUGCCCCCUGUGGCCCCCCAGGCGCAGCCCUGCCUGCACCCUCUGUGCUCUGGGUGCAGGGACAAGGAGCGGGGCUGGGAGGACUCGGCCACCAGACACUGCGGAGCUGGGCCAGUGCAGCCCCAGGGAGGGCCGCCUCUCCGCUGCGCUUGCCGUGUGCCUUAAACGCCGUCUCCUGUCUGUCCUGGUCCCCGGCGUCCAGGUGGCCAACAGGUCCCUCGGCAGGGGGAGCUGCCCGGGAGCCUGGCUGUGGGUGGGGGGAGCUGAGUCCCCAGCAGAAGCGCCCGCCCUCCCCACCAAGGUUGACACGGGCUCCGCAGGCAGUGCCCAGUGGAACCACCCUGUCCCCUGGCUCCACGGCCGCCAACCUGGGCCAGCGGCAGGUCAGGGUCCAGCAGUGCUAUCGGCUCCACCUAGCCCGGGCCAUUUCGCUUCCAGUGUAGGUCAGUCAGGACCCACCUGUGCUUCCCCAAGCCAGCGUAACGGAAGGAAGGAUGGCGGAGAGCGGUGUCCGCCUGUGUGCGGAGCUUUCCACCAGGCAGAGCCGGGCGCUCUGUCCUUCUGGGCCUGCGAGCAGCUCUUGCCCUGAGAGUGCGGCUGUUUCCGCUCCCUGUCGUGUUGUUUGUCCUGUAAAUAGGGGGAGGUGUGUGAGCUGUCCCCGGAGCUCCCCCGGCAGCAGUCCUGCUGUCUGGCUGGAACCUGUCACUUUAUUAUUUAAGGAGUGUGCGUGUGCAGUCAGGUUUGUGAACAGUGUUGUGUGGGUUGGGUUUUUAGUUUGCGCCCUCUCUCAGAAGUCCUCCCAUUUCACCCCUGCCUGCUUCGGCCUCCACCCUCCAGCUCGGCGAGCUCUGCCAGCUCUGCCCACCAGGCCUAGGGUGGCCGCAGCAGACCCCGUGCCUGAGGAGACACAUCCAGGGGCGAGGCUGGAGACAGGCAGCGUCCCUCAGUGACUGCACGCCAGCGUGGGCAGCGUGUGUGUGACUUACUGGCCAGCGGGCCGCCCUGGGAGCCAGGAGAGUCGGAGUGUCCCGUCCCCUGUGGACGCUCAGGGCUCCCUGCAGUGCCAUGGGGCGGGGCCGGCACACUCCCCAGGCCCAGUCUGAGCCCCAAGCCUGACUCCUCAGCUCAUGGCCCUGUGCCUGCCCGCCCCGUGACCGCCCUGGGCUCAGUGUCACCGACCCCACGGAUGGCCCCACGGGGCAUCUUCCUGCGGUCAUUUCAAAUGUGUCAUUUUUAUAUGAGAGGAAAAUAAACGUGCCCGCCGCCCGCUGA